GGAUAAAUACAGUAUGCCCAAACACCAAUUUUGGAGAAUUGCAUACAAUUAGGUUGUCUUUUUGUAAUUUUCUCCCAAGACAAAAGUGCAAUGUUAAGCUUUGCUUUCUUCUGAGAACAUCCUUUUCUGGGUCUGGUAUUGGGACACAUAUCAGUUCGGAUGUUCUAAAUGAAGAAACUUCAGAAAGGUCUAGAAAUAUGGGCAAAUGCUUACAAAGUGAUUCGAGCUGCAUUAACGAUCUUGAAGAGCAACUGCGUGUUCUCUUUAAUGAAGUAAAUUCGAUGAUAAAAUCAGGAAAUAAAAAUGAUGCUGUUGAUCUACUUAAGGCAAAUUAUGAAGCUGUUAAAGAACAGAUAGAUGCCGGUUUCAGGGGUAGAGAAGAGGCCAGGGUUCUUGACACAAUAGCAUUGGGCCACGUUGCCCUUGGAGACCUAACCACAGCUAUUUCCAUAAUGGACCUGUUGAAUGGGAUUGUUGAACAUUUGAAAAAUGAUGAACCGCUUUUGGACUCAAUACUAAUGCAUAUGGGAAGCGUGUAUGAUAAAUUGGAGAAGCUUGAAAUGUCCUUACUAUCAUACAAAAGAGCACUUGCAAUUGUGGAGAGAAAAUAUGGGGAGACCAGUUCUUUUCUCAUUGUUCCAUUGUUAGGAAUGGCAAAAGCUCUGGGCUCUUUAGGUAGGACCAAAAAAGCUAUUGAAAUAUAUAACCGUGCAAUUUCGGUAUUGGAAUCUUGCAAUGACAUUGAAAAUGAAGAAUUAGUGUUGCCUCUAUUUGCUUUGGGCGACCUUUUACUGGAGGAAAGAAGAGCAACUGAUGCUGAAACUGCUUUCAAAAGAAUUAUAAGCAUCUGCACGAAUUUAUACGGGGAAAAUGAUGUAAAAGUUGGAAUGGCUUUGUGCUCUCUUGCAAAGGCAAAAUAUAGUAAAGGUAAGAUUGAUGAAGCCGUGAAUCUAUACAGGAAGGCUCUUCAGGUUCUCCAAUAUUCUGAAUGUGCUGUAGAUGACAAAGUUAUGGAGAAGAUCAGAACAGACUUUGCAGAGUUACUUCACUUGGUAGGAAGGAACAAUGAAGGGCGUGCCCUCUUGGAGGAAUGCUUACUGAUUACAGAGAAAUCCAAAGGGAAAGACCAUCCCAACUGUGUUAAACAUCUAUUAAAUCUUGCCACUUCAUAUUCUCGGUCCAAAAAUUAUGCUGAAGCUGAGAAGUUGCUGCGCAUAAGUUUACAGAUUAUGUUGAAGACUCUGCCACGUGAUGAUCAAUCUAUUAGCUUCCCAAUGCUCCAUCUUGCACUUACUCUCUUUAAUUUGAACCAAGUUGAUGAAGCCGAGAAGUAUGCACUAGAGGUUUUACGCAUUCGCGAGAAGGCCUUUGGAAAAGAUUCUCUUCCUGUUGGGGAGGUUCUUGACUGUCUUGUUUCUAUUCAGAAAAGACUAGGAAAAGAUGACAAUGAGUUGCUGGAGCAUCUGAAGCGAAUUUUGAAAAUUCAAGAGAAAGCUUAUGGCAGUGACAGUGAAGAGGUUAUGGAGACACUCAAGAAGGCGUGCACUACAUGACGACGAUAGGAUUGAGACACGAGAAACUCCCUCUUGAAAGAAGAUUGGCACGUCUCAAAGACAAGUACAACCAUGCUGUGAAACAAUAUUAAAGGUUCCAUUCCCAAAGCUGUAUGCAAGAGUCAUGGUGCAGUCACACCACGGAUGACAUCAAGUUUGACACUGCCAAAUGUCUCAUGUUUGCAUUUGAUUGUCUCUGAUCAUUUUACCGUAGAACUUUCAUACAAACAGUGCCAAAGCGAUGGGCGAUUCACUGGUCUUUACCUCCAGAAAGCAUUAUCAACGAUUGGAGCUAGUGAUUAUAUUGGCAUUAUCAAAAAUUUUCCUAUGAAGGGAGCAUCAAAUUGAAAGCAGGAUUGAGCUGAGACUUCAAAACCGACAUCAAAUUACAUACGCUUUGUAUGUAUAUGUAAAUGCAUUAGCCCGGGGAUGCUAUGCACCUGCACUUUCUAGUGCGUUUGAUAAUGAUAAAAAUGGGAGAAAAAAAUAUGCUUUGCUAUGUUGUUCUCUGCAGCUGUUAUGUUGUUCUCUUUAGAAGGACAGAUGUUCUAAGAACAUCUUCAGUAGAAGAGAAUGUAUGGUUUUGUUUCUCUUGGAAGCACUUGUAAGAGCAUUGUUGGCUCCCAAAAGCCUUCAAAUACAACUUGGUUCAACCC